AUUGGUGGAGCAGCUCUCUCCCAGGAACAAAGGGCAGUCACAGAGAGGGGUGAAGGAUGGCGGCAGGGUUGGAGUCGUUGGGCGGGUUCGUGCUCGAGAGCAUCCUCUUCAAGCUCGACGCCAAGCACGCCGCCGCCGCCGCCUGUGUCAGCACUAGGCUACGCUCCGCCGCUUCCGAUGACGCCCUCUGGCGUCACUUCUGCGCCCGCGACUUUGCCCUCUACGAUCGACCCCUCGAUCCCGACGGAGCUCUUUGCCCCUCCUUCAAGGGAGCAUACAAAAGUUGGUUUGGAUCCUUUUCCAUGUACCCUUUGUCGUUAGUUAAAAGAGCAAAGGAAUGUUGGACUUCGAUAAGAUGUUGGUUGUCUGAUAAUUGUCCUGAAAUUAGUGAUACUUUGAGGAAGGGUGUUUCUGAAGCUGAAAUACAGCAGGCUGAGAAAAUACUUGGGGUUAAGUUACCUGCUCCAACCAAGGUGCUGUACAGGCUGUGUGAUGGUCAGGAGACGUUCACUACAAACGCUGCUAAAAAUAAAUAUCUUGCUGAUUUGGGAAUUAUAGGUGGAUACGAAUUCUAUGAACAUUUGGUAAAUGUGCAUUUGUUGCCAUUAAGAAUGGUUGUGUCACAAACUAAAAAUCUAACCAAAGAAGUGAGCAUGUUGACUAUGCCCAAAUACAUUGUUGUGGCAGCAUCCUUCUACAUGGCAAAGUUCUUUUGCCUAAAUUGUUCUAGUGGUCAACUUUAUGUUGGCACAAGCAAUCUGCUAGAAAAUGGAGAAAUGAUGCCAUGUGUACCUGGAGAAUUGGUAAGGCUAAAAGCUGAUGCUAACUUUGAUAUGCCACAAGAUGCACUUCUGUUGUGGUUAGAAGAGCACAAUAGGCGACUACGAAGUAGCAUGAUCAAAACCCGCCACCCAAGUUCUCGGAGUAUAUGCCUUUUUCCAGAGACUUCGCCCUAUUGUUCUGUUGCAGUAACUAACGGUGUUCAGGUUCGUGCCUCUGCUGUUUUUGUGCCGGAAGCUUCUGAUGCCAAUGGAGGCGAAGAAAGUUACUACUUUUCUUACUCAAUUCGCAUGUCUCUCCUGCCUGAAGGAUGCAUGUUAGAUGGCGUGUACUACUCCUCAUGCCAGCUUCAUUCACGUCACUGGAUUAUCCGUUCCAAAGAUACAAUCGUGUCCAAUGUGCAUGGAGAAGCUGUAAUAGGACAGUAUCCACUCCUACUUCCUGGUGAGGAAGAAUUUGUAUAUCAGAGUUGCACUCCCGUACCCGGUGUUCCUGGAUCUGUUGAGGGCUCAUUUACAUUUGUUCCUGGCAGGUUAAGCAGACCUGAGGGAAGACAAUUUGAUGUGAAAGUUGCACCUUUCAUCCUCGAAAAACCAGAGUACAUUUUCUAGCUGUCCACUGCAAAAUUUCUCAUAUUAUCUUAUCAGGUAUUCCAUAAUUGUGUGGUCAUGAUACUCAAGUUUUUGAUGCUAUCUUCCCAUAUGGUUCGCAUCUUCUAUUAAAAAUAUCGCAUGCGCCUAUGUGCGGUGGAGAUGGAGCUUAAAGUGGUGUAGAUUUCUGCAUUGAUCAUUAUUCUUGCUUGUUAUGUAAAAAUUAUUGAAGUAUUCGAAUAUGUUGCCACAAUGAGAUUUGAAUCGUUUAGCUUGUGUUGUGUAGUGGUUGAUCCUCAACUACUUCACACAAGACAUGGUUUGAAUCUGUUGUAACUUGUUUUUUUGUUACUUGAACCGAACCAGAGAACCUCUCAGCUGUA